CAGCAAAUCUCUGUUUUGGUGUGGUGUUGGGGGUUUUUGGGUGUGCUUUUUUACUCACUUUAUUUCUCCUUUUCUUCCCUCCUCUCCUCCCUGUUCCCUCGCCCGGGACUCCGUCUCGCCAGGGAUGCGCUGUUGUUGAGUUCAAGAUGGAAGAGAGCAUGAAAAAGGCUGCAGAGGUUUUGAACAAGCAUAGCCUUGGUGGAAGACCUUUGAAAGUGAAAGAAGUAAGACGUGCAUCUGUUCUUUCAGACCCCGAUGGCGAGCACGCCCGCAGAGCCAUGCAGAAGGUGAUGGCAGCUGCUGGUGGGAUGGGCAUUGGGCCAGGCCCCGGCGGCCCCGGCAUGAUCAAUAUCCCACCCAGUAUCCUGAACAACCCCAACAUUCCCAACGAGAUCAUUCAUGCCCUGCAGGCAGGCAGGCUGGGGAGCACUGUCUUUGUUGCAAAUCUGGAUUACAAGGUUGGCUGGAAGAAGCUGAAGGAGGUGUUCAGCAUGGCUGGCGUGGUGGUCCGGGCGGACAUCCUGGAGGACAAGGACGGCAAGAGCCGCGGCAUCGGCACCGUCACUUUCGAGCAGGCCAUCGAGGCUGUCCAGGCCAUCUCAAUGUUCAAUGGGCAGCUGCUGUUUGACAGACCCAUGCAUGUGAAAAUGGAUGAAAGAGCCUUUCCCAAAGGAGAUUUCUUCCCUCCUGAGAGACCCCAACAGCUCCCUCAUGGUCUUGGUGGUAUUGGAAUGGGAUUAGGACCUGGAGGUCAACCUAUUGAUGCAAAUCAUUUAAACAAAGGCAUGGGAAUGGGCAACAUGGGACCUGGAGGAAUGGGAAUGGAAGGCAUGGGCUUUGGAAUGAAUAAGAUGGGAGGAAUGGAAGGUCCCUUUGGUGGCAUGGAGAACAUUGGCCGCUUCCCAGCGGGGAUGAACAUGGGUCGAAUGAGUGGUAGGCGUGGCGGGAACGCCAGCAUCCCGGGCAUCGAGCGCAUGGCACCGGGCAUCGAGCGCAUGGGCGCGGGGCUGGAGAGGAUCCCCUCGGGCAUGGGCCACGGCAUGGAGAGAGUAGGGUCAGAGAUAGACAGGAUGGGGCUGGUGCUGGACCGGAUGAGCUCCAACGUGGAGAGGAUGGGGUCGGGCAUCGAGCGCAUGGCCCCGCUGGGCAUCGACCACAUCGCCCCCAACAUCGAGAGGAUGGGCCCGGCCAUCGAGAGGAUGGGCACCGGCAUCGAGAGGAUGGGCACCGGCAUCGGCUUCGGCAUCGAGAGGAUGGGCGCCGCCAUCGACCGCGUGGGCACCACCAUGGACAGGAUGGGCUCGGGCGUGGAGCGCAUGGGCUCCGGCAUGGAGCGCAUGGGCAUCGGCAUGGAGAGGAUGGUGCCUGCCGGCAUGGGCACGGGCAUGGGGCAGGUGAUAGAGAGGAUGCCGGCCGGCUUGGAUCGUAUAGGUGCCACCCCCAUGGAGAGGAUAGGGAUAGAGAGGAUGGGCGCCGCCGGCAUGGAGAGGAUGGGCCUGGAGCGCAUCGGAGCCACCAACAUGGAGCGCAUGGGCCCGGCCAUGGGGCAGGGCAUGGGAGCCGGCAUCGAGCGCAUGGGACUGGCCAUGGGCAGCAACUUCGAGAGGACCAUGGACAUGGAGAGAGGCAACUUUGCAGGCAACUUCGCAGGCUCCCUCGGAGGGACCGCGGGCCCUGCCGCCGGGGUGGCCAGGAAAGCCUGCCAGAUCUUCGUGAGGAAUCUGCCUUUUGAUUUCACAUGGAAGAUGCUGAAGGAUAAAUUUAACGAGUGUGGCCACGUGCUGUACGCCGACAUCAAGAUGGAGAACGGGAAGUCGAAGGGCUGCGGGGUGGUGCGGUUCGAGUCGCCGGAGGUGGCGGAGCGAGCCUGCCGCAUGAUGAACGGCAUCCAGCUGCGCGGCAGGGAGAUCGACGUCCGGAUCGACCGCAACGCCUGAGCCGGCC